CUGGGCUCCAAGCAAGAGAGGAAAUAAAUGAGCAGAGAGCAACAGCAUAGCAGAUGUGGGAGCCUGCUGAGGCCAUCAUUUAGGUCUGUAUUUGUUGAAUUCCUAUUUUGCCUUUCCUCCAAGGAUCCCAAGAUGGCGUACGUGGCUCUCUUGCUUCUGAUUUUAUCCUGCUCACGACACUGCAAGGUAGGCUAGGCUGAGAGACAGGGAUGGCCCAAGGCCGCAUUGUGAGAUUCAUAGCUGAGUGGGGAUUUGAAUCCUUGUCUCCCACACUUUAACUACUAGAACACCCCCUCCCAAAAAAAAAACCCAUCCAGAGCUGAUGCUGAAAUCAAGAGAUGCCAAGUCUAAAACAAUCACAUUGCAAAGCUUGGUGGUCAACUGUGACAUUUGCAAUAAAGUCAGACUUAAAAUUUCAAGUGUCACCUCCAAAAUGGCAAAUAGUUGUGAAUAAUUGUUCUAGAUCUUGUUGUAUGGAGGGGGACACUAGCACUAGCAGUGAUUGUCUUUAAGGUAUGGCUAUUUAAGUGGGCAUGACUAUUUACAGUGGUCAAAGUUGCCUGACUCCAAGCACAAAUGUAGGUGCCAAGGGCUUUGAAACUAUAUAAGCUAAAAUGUAACAGUCUAUCAAAAUCCCCAGAGUGCCAUUUUAGAAUUCCUAAAGGUAAAGGACCACUGAUAGUUAAGUCCAGUUGUGAACGACUCUGGGGUUGCAGUGCUCAUCUCGCUUUACUGGCUGAGGGAGCCGAUGUUUGUCCGCAGACAGUUUUUCCGGGUCAUGUGGCCAGCCAAGGUCAUUAGAAUUCCUAGGUCAUUCAUAGUAUAAUGAAUGAAUAAACCAGCCCCAAAAGGAUGCUAGCAUGGUUAAACAUUAGAGUCAAUAGAGGGGAGCUACGCAACUUUGCUGUCCUCUCUACAGUGUGAGGCUCCGAGAGACUUAAUAGUCAAUGUGGCAACAAGUAAGUAAACUUGAGCAACACAUGUGCAUUCAUUGCACACCCUUGGAAAAUGGGUCAUGACACUGGCACAUAUACAGAUAUCUGAGGGCAUAUUCCUGUUAUUCACAUAUUCACCAAUGUACUGCAGUGCUAUUGCACAAAAUGCAUAGCCACUAUUGCUAUUGAUAUUUCGAAUGUUUGCACCUAUUUUAAUAGAUUCGCUAGCCUAGAAAAAUUGCAUGAAAAGAAACAAGGGGCAAAAUACCCACGUAUAUCUUGUUUGCAUUCUCGUUUUCUCUCUUGUUUUCCCCCCACUUUUUCUUUUGUGUUCCGCUCUCUGAGUGAUUGUCUCUUUGCAAUCUUCAGGUGGAAAAGAAUUGUUGGGGGGGGGGAAUAACAUGUCAGGAGGGUGAGAGAAAUGCCCCAGGGAAGUGGCAAAUAUUUCUGCAAUUAACAGUGUGAAAAUGGCAGAUUUGUUAGCAGCGUUCAUGCAUUAUUUAAAAAAAACCAGCUGAAACAAAAGCUGCCCAGUGUUGAUUUCUCCUCGGGCAGGACUGGUUCACUUAUUAUUAUUUUUCUGGUUUUGCUCCCUGUUAGUCUCUUUUAUCUCCUUUGACAUGCUGGCUCCAUUUCAAGCCUCGCUUGAAAUGAAAGUUGUUCCAGGCACUCGACCUGAGUGUGUCAGUGAGUGUGCUUCCCUUUUCUCUAGAUUGUUGUAGCCUGUGGGACAGAAUCUGCUGGCAUCCAAAUCCAACCGAUUUAGUUCAAAAUGCACUGAGGAGGAGGGGAUCAGUUUCUGUUCUGCUGGAACAUAGGAAUGAUAGUAUCAUCUGACUUCAGAUGGGUCCUCUUGUCUAUGGCCCACAUCUUUUGCAUGCAUCUAGUGGGGAUGUCAAGUUGGCUCUGCUUAAGGAGAUCUGAUGCCCUGUUUUGGUGCUAUUGUCUUUUGUAGCAGACGCAAGCUCUCCCCGCUCUGUUCCACUCCAAACAACAGGGCCAGCAAGGCUGAAAGCUUAAUACCGAAGCGUAAGGACAUCUGUCAACUGGGAUUUCUCUCAGGCUGUAUUCAGACAGCAUUUUAUUCCAAUUCCUUACCUGGUCAUUUCCGUAUUUUCUGUGAUCUUUUGUAUGAUAUAAAAGCCACUUUUGGAAAUCAAGCAGAUGUUUACUGUUGAUUUCCACAUUAAUUGCUGUUUGAAAUCCCAUUUCAAUUAUGGGAAUUUUGCACUGUAAUUUUCACAUGGUUUUCGAGGCUCACGCCAUCUGGCUUUAUGUCCCCAAAGCAUAGGAGCUAACUCCUAGGGGCCAAGGUCCCUUUGCCUGCCCCCCAAUAAAAUAUUUGAGCCCCCCCAGUUGAUGGGCAUUGGCAUUCAAAUGGUGUGUGUGUGCUGUGUCAUAUGAUCAAGUAUGUGGGGCGGGACUUACCUCCCCCCAAAUUUUAUUCAAGUUGGCACCCCUUCCCCAAAGUAGUCCCAUCUAGGGCCCUCAUGAGCAGACACUAGAUUUGGCUGGGUAGAACAAGGUUCUCCCCCUUGUCUGCAACUGGCCUAUUUCUGGGGCAAACAAAGGAAGAAUGAUAAUGAUAAUGAUAAUGGUAAUAAUUUAUUAUUUAUACCCCGCCCAUCUGGCUGGGUGGCUCCCAACAGAAAAUUAAAAACACGAUAAAACUUCAGACAUUAAAAACUUCCCUAAACAGGGUUGCCUUCAUAUGUCUUCUGAAAGUCAGAUAGUUGUUUAUUUCCUUGACAUCCUUGACAGGGCAGGUGCCACUACCAAGAAGGCCCUCUGCCUGGUUCCCUGUAACCUCACUUCUUGCAGUGAGGGAACUGCCAGAAGGCCCUCAGAGCUGGACCUCAGUGUCUGGGCUGAAUGAUGGGGGUGGAGAUGCACCUUCAGAUGAAGGCCAAGACCCUGCUUUACACACAGGCAAUGUGUUUUGGAGUACAAAUUUUCAAAGGGAUAUGAUCUAGUGCCAGCCAUAGACUCGGAUCUUCCAAGUCCACUUAUCCACAUGGGUAGUUCAACAACAUUCAGUGAAAGAACUCACAGAUACCAAUGGCUUGUGUCUGAAAUCCCUAGUUUGUGACACUCACUACAAAGUCUUUAGUUUUAAUCCAGCAAUGUCUCUCCAAAUAUGUCUCCUGAAGCUCUGCUCCUCUUCUUGUGGAGAUGCUGUCAUUGGACUGGUGGGGGAAGGAGUCACCGUAGUGAUGGUGCCAAAGAUAAAACUGAAUAAUGUAGUUGGUGUCACUCGUAAUUGUGAAUUUCCAGUGGACCUCAAUUGGUUUAAACAGUUCUUUAAUGCUACCAAGAUACCUUUUGCAUUUCAUUUCCUCUGGGAAGAGGAGGUCAACCCUUGUUAUGCUGCAUAUAAUUUAUCUGAAAGGACAUUGUCAAGGUUUGGAGCUUAGAGCUGGAAACCCUGUGGAAACCCAUCAGUACUAUUUAUCCUUAAAAAAUAAUAUCCUAACAUGCCUUAGCGCACCAAACAAGCUUAGGCUAUCCAACAUGCAUGAGCAAUCACACAAAAUUAAACAAGUGUGAUCUACAGCAAAAAAUAAAUAAAAAUUCGAAACUCGGCACACAAAGAAAAUGGGAGAAGAGCAAAGAUGAGUUUGUGGAUAUUUUAAGGAACCUGAAUUUUUACCACCUCUAUAUAGACUGAUCAAAUAAUACUUAGGAAAGCUUCAGUAUUCAACCUAUGAGCAAAGACUGGAAACUUAUCUUCCACACUAGUCAGCAAACAUCCUUGAAGGAGCUGAGCUUAUUAUUCACAUUGACUUGCUGUGAUGUACCACCAUGUCAAUACAUUCUGGAUAUAUGCUAUUGAAACUAGCUGUGACUGUACCUGAUAAUCAGCAAAUGAGAGCAAUUGUAGACUGAAUCCAGGAAGGCAGCCAGAAGCCAUUACAAGAAAAGCUAUCCCUAAGCUCAGCUGAUAUUCAUUCCUGUAUGAAUGGAAUAUUUCACUGCAGAAUGAGGGGAGGGCUUGGUGAGAAGAAUAUGGUUAUCUGGAUCUGAUAGACAGGUAGGGAGAUUUAUUUAUAUGACUGAAUGAUCCCCCAGGCAGCCGAUUUUGAGUGCCACGUAAGGGCAUUAAAAAAAUUUGUUGUUGUUGCACUGCCUAAGAGAGUACAUUUUUCUAUCUCAAGUGCAAAAAUAAAUUGGCUAGCUUUGCAUACUGUGCACACUGACUUGAGGAUUUGCUAUUCUGCCUCGGGCGGCAAAAUGUCUUGGGUCAGACCUGUCCAUAGAUUAAUUUUGUUUUGAAUCAAGAGCAGACAUUGUGGUGGGAUGGCAGUGCCCACCUGGCCUCUGAUGAGUUGCAUUGCUACUGCUUACUGGAAUGUAGGGGGGAGGCAAGGCAGAAGCAAGUCAGUAUUGUGCAGAUGCACCAGUGGCAGCACCAGAUUAGCUGGUGCAUUUGUGCUGCCCUUACCUCACCAGCAGUGGGACCAACCAGAGGUCAGAUAAGCACCGCCACUCCACCACAUUAUCCACUACUGUGUUCUGUUUUGUAUCGAAUUUAUAGGCUUUCAAUUUCAUGGGAUGAAAUGGAAUAAUCUGAGGGUGUGAAUACUUUAUCUCAACUCAUUCUCAUUGCACAACAUAUAACAUAUAAACCUCUAAAAUUCUCUCCUCAGUAUUGCAGCAGUCUCCAAGCUCAGAUUUCCCACUAGUUUUACAAUAAGAUCCCCCAUCCCUUUUUUCCCCCCUUUUAGCUAAAAUUGGGUGGUGGUGUCCAUUUUCACUUAUACUGAAUUUCAUAUGCCCUUUUCUUCUCCAUUCAGCCAGUUUGGAGGAAAACAUUUUGAUUUUUUGCAGCCUGCUUUGGAUUUUAACAUCUUAAAUAAUUUGGUGUCAUCCGCAAACUUGGCUCCCUUAUUGUUCACCCAUGACUUCAGAUUAUUUAUUGGCUGGGCUCCCACCAGUUCAUUUAUUCCACUUAAGUGAAGACUUAAUGGCUGGUCUCCACAAACAUCCUUUCAAAUUCCAGGACAUCCAAGUUGACCUAUGCAACUCAUCUGCAGCAGCAAUCUGGGCGGGGUGGGGUCGCUACUCUAGUUUCCUGGCAGGUGGGCCACUUUUGCUUAGUAGGAGGGGGAAGGGUGAGAGAGACUGGUGUGGUGCAAAUUAAAUGACAGGAGCACCAUGUUGUCUCCACUGGUGUGUUCAUCCACACCACACUGACCUAUGUACUGCUUUGCCCCUCUCCUUCUCCCUCCUGGUACAGGACAGCGACCCACCUGCCAGGAAGCUAAUGAUGCAACUCCAUCCCACCCUUGAGAUUUAAACCAGAAACACCAAUUUCAUUCCAUUCCUUUCCAUGCUUCCCAGUUGCAGUCAGAAGGUGGGGUGGUGGCACUGACCUGACCUUCUGUCACCAGUAUUGGUGUGACUUACUGGGAGGGAGACAGGAAGGAGCAAGAUGGUGGUGAGGUACUGCUGGAUUUUGCAUCAUGCCCUUGUCACUAUCUCACCCAUCACCCUUUCCUUCCCAGUGAGCUGUAUGGAUAACAGUGACAGGGGGUCAAGCACCGUAUUUUUUGCACCAUAACACUCACUUUUUUCCUCCUAGAAAGUAAGGAGAAAUGUCUGUGUGUGUUAUGGAGCGAAUGCCUACGGAUAGCGGGGGGAUCUGCUGCAGUUGUGAGCAGAGGAUCCAUGGUUCCCCUUCCUUCCCUCCUCUGUGGCUCACUUUGAAACAGCAAAGUGGGAGAAGAGCCACUGAGUGGGGGGGGGAGAGGAGAGGGACAGAGAGCCUGCUUGCUUUAAAGGAGCAAAGCGGGAGAGGAGAGGAGCCUUCUCCUCUUAUACCCCUCUUCUGCAUUAUUAACAGCAUCCUUCUCCACCCACCCCACGCGUGUUCCUUGUCCCUUGAGUGCUUUUCCUUCCCUCCCCACUUAAAAUGUGGUUACAAAGCACGGAUCCACAUGGAUCCUCAGGAUUUUUGCAUUGGGCUACCCCAAACUCACCGUCAGAUCACAUGUCUGUGGCCACAGCAUGAACCACAAAAUCAUACAUCCACUGUUUCGUUUAGAAUAUUUUUUUUCUUGUUUUCCUCCUCUAAAAACUAUGUGUGUGUUAUGGUCGGGUGCGUGUUAUAGAGCGAAAAAUACGGUAAGUACCACCUCCUUGUUCUGCUGACUGCCACUAGUGCAUCUUGCUAGUACAGGAUCAAAAUUUAAGUUUUCUUGCUUCUUAAAAAAAUGAUGCUUGAGAAAGUUUGUAGCAUAUUGGGGUUGGUGAUAGUCACUUGAACAGUCCUGAAAUGGAUCAGGUUUGCCAUAGCAAUGAGACCAUAGCAAACCUGGUCUUCCUGAAUGAACCACCACAAGGAAUACAACAGGGAAAUUAUGACGAAGCUAUGAUGAAACAGAGAAAUGGUUUGGUUUCUUUUGAGUGGCAGUAAUAGCUUCUCUGGACACUGGCUGCAAAAAAUAAUAAUCAAGGAAAAGGAGUUAGAUAAAAUCACUAUCAAUCGUGGUGAUUUGCAGAUGUAAUUUGAAAUCAAGAUGGAUUUGAGUUGUUUGGUGUCUCUGGUAACUUCUCUCUCUUACAUCAUGGGUGGUGGCUCAUAUUAUGGAUGCAUGUUCUGUAUUAUUUUAUUGGUACAAGUUUGUCAUGGUCUUUGGAUGCAAAAAUAAACCUAUGAACUGAACUGAGCUUCUAGGUAUUUAUUUCAAUAAAUUUAAGCAUUCCUUUAAAAUGACAAAAUGUGUGUGUGUGUGUGUGUGUGUGUGUGUCCCCUCAAGAUUUUCCUGCAGUGCCUGUAGAGACAAUGAAGGCAAAACAAUAUUGUCUGGGCUUGAAUCUCAGUCUCUUCUGUUCAGAUCAAACAAAAUGCUCCAAUUCCUAACAUGCAAUUUAGAAGUACAAGGACAGCCUCUUCAUCUGAUCAUGGCAGAGAAAAUGUGCAGAAGAGGGAAGGAGAGAGGAAACAGAGAACAGAUCCUCCAGUGGUUUUAGUGACUCAGUGGCACCGCUUCCCUGGGUUCAGUGAGUGUUAAAUGCAGCAGUGCGUGGGAAGCAGUGGAGAAGGACAAAUGCUAUUAGCAAAAUGAAAGGGUGAGAAUAAGACGCUGCUGGCCCUGUGGCUAUUAUAAGACAGUCUGGAGGCUUGCUUUGCUUACUGUUAGGGGGAAAGAAGGAAAUGGAGCUGAUUGCUCAUGGAUGAAUGACAAUCUUUUCCCUCACCCCCACCUCACUCUGAUGAAGAAGUGGCACAUCAGCAUGCUGCUCUGGAAGAACAGCACCAACCUAUGAACGAUGAACUUUGUACAUUUCAUUAUUCCAUUCUACAUGUAAAAUUUUAAAAUCCCAGUACAAUUUCUAGGUUUUGUUCACUCCACUCUGAAGGCAUUAGGUUAGCUCUACUACAUAGUUGGCAAAGCUAGUACAGUGGUACCUCGGGUUAAAAACUUAAUUCGUUCUGGAGGUCUGUUCUUGACCUGAAACUGUUCUUAAUCUGAGGUACCACUUUAGCUAAUGGGGCCUCCUCCUACUGCUGCAUGAUUUCUGUUCUCAUCCUGAAGCAAAGUUCUUAACCCAAGGUACUAUUUCUGGGUUAGCAGAGUCUGUAACCUGAAGUGUCUGUAUCCCGAGGUACCACUGUAAUUAGAAUAUACUGCAUGCAUUCUCAUCCCACCCACCCCAUUCUCUCUGUAGAUAUAGAGUUAGAGAUAGGGAAGGGAGAGAAAAGCAGUCUUUGCAUCACCUAGCUUGCCAGCAGUUAUUCUGUCAUUCCUUGCAAGUAAUUGCUAGAAAUUAUUUUCCCAUAGGUAGAGGAUAGCCAGUUGUGUACAUGGCUGGUGGAGGGCUGCUCUUAUGCAAGGCUUGCAUCUUAGCUUCUAAAUGCUACUGGAGUGUCAGCAAGCUGUUUGGGAAUUGACUUAGCCUGUUGCCUAGCAGCUACACCUACAGCUACAGUCACACUACACGGUCCUGUCUACCUCACCGUACAAGCAAAAUGACUCAGCCAGGGCUGUGUGUGUGACAGCCACAUGCUGAGGAUGGUAGGAGGAUGGGAAGGGGAGGGGAGAGAGGAACAAAUAUGAGUCCAUGUGGCUUGGCAUGCCGAACUUCUACACUAGUUUCCUGGCAUAAGUGUUGUUGUUGCUUACUACAAGGAGAAGGUCUUGGGGAGGUUGGCAUGGUGACAACACACCAGCAGGAGUGCCAGAUUGGUUCUGCCAAUGCAUUUGCACUGCAACAACCUCCCCACUGCUUCAUUCUUCCACCUCUCCCUCUCAGUUUCAUCCCUCUGCCUACCUUCUCAGUGACUCACCUGCUUGGAAACUAGUGUGUCAGCUCUGUCUCACUUGACAAGCUACUUCUUAGAGUCAGAGGACACUGAAAUAUUGUGUGUCAUUGCUUGGGGUGACUGUCACCUGCUUUCAAUUCCAUACAGAGAGCACAGAACAAAUCUGAGGGUUUUCCAAUGUUUCAAAAAUAAUGUUUCUUACACGGUUCAUCUCCAUGUUAUUCUCAUAACAUCUCUGUGAGGUAGAUUAGGGCAAGAAGUAGCAACUUUUAGACCCAUUUCAGUGAAGGACAACUGGCAGCCAAUAUCUGGCCAAUGGGCAGCCACCAGAAGGCCCACCACAGUACAAGCUGAUCCAUUUUUAUUCAGAGUUUAAUCCCAAUGUCACCAGCGAGGCUUAUUCCCAGAUAAAUAUGCAUAAGUUUGCAACCUUAGAACCCCUUUUCCCUCCUAUUGCCAGCCUCAGGAUGUCCCUAUUUUCAUCAGAAAAACAUUGGAGGGUAUCACAGUUGUUUUCAUGCAGGAACAAGUAUGCUCUUUCCAUGGCAAGCAAUAUGCUUAGGACAUCUUGAGGACAUGGGCAAUGGCAAGAGUGGGAGAGUAGAGACUUGGCCCUCACACCCACCAGGUUGUAGACCAGACAGACAGUGGCAACCUCUGGCCCUCCAGAUGCUGUUAAACUCCAUCUCCCAUAAGUCUCACCCAGCAUGGUCAAUAGUCAGAAAUGAUGUGGGCUGAAUUCCAACAACUUCUGGAGUUUCUCCAUAGCUGCUGUGGAGCCUUGUCUUCUGUUGAAUUGAUGCUAAGUAGAGGUCAGGGAAGAGAAUGUAUUUCCCUGUGAUAUCCCAUUAGGAUGUUGGUAGUACAGUUUCUCGUUUCAUUUCCUCACACUUUGGUUAUGCUCUUUGCCAGGUCUCAGUCAUUACUUUCCUAAGGCAGAUUUCAUUAAUUAGAAUAUGAGUCACUGAAAUACUUAAAAUGGCUUGGGAAUAACAAACAGGGGAUUAGUGUGUCUCAUAGCAAUUUGCCACACCAAAAAAAGAAAGACCAAUGGCCCAUUUAGAAUAAUCUUCUGAGUCUAAUACCAGCUCAUACUCAAAUUAUCUCUGAGGUAAAUGAAACACUCCCACAAUGCAUUUGGCUAGUUAUGCAGGGUUUUUAUCAAAGCAGAGAAACAUUUCACACUGACCUCAGCUGAGCAGAAGCGUAUGCCCAAAGUAUGAGGAUUGAUAGACCUUUUAUUUUUAUCCUAGUGAGAGCAAUGGUGCAGGUGCUAAAGCAAUUUAUUUGAGUGUCUAAUUCUAUUUUGAGUCUGACUUGUCUUGUCAGCUCCAUAGAACCUAACAGUUCACAGGUGUUCUCAGGAACAGCUCCAGCACACUUAAAGAAAUUAUUGGAAGGGUAUGGAUUGUGACAUAGCAGUGUUCUCUGCCAAAAUUGGAAUUCAUUGGGGAAUGCGGUCUUUUAAAUGCAGAUCUAGGGAUCAGCGUUUGUGCCUGCAUAACCUUGAAGCUGCACUGCAACGUGGCUCCGUAUUGGUGCAGGGCUUUACCACAGGCGUGUUCCUCAAAGUAGGUGAAAAGGAGAGGCUAUGUGGCAAGGUGUCAAGAGUGCCAGACAAGGAAUGACUUUCCAAACCCUCCCACUCAGCCAUGAAACCCACUGGGUGACUGUGGGGCAGCCACUCACUCUCAGUCUGGCCUACCUCACUGGGCUGUUGUGAGACAAAGGGGGGAUAGCUGUGUGAACACUGUCCCAAGCUCCUUGGAGGAAGCAGGGGACAAGAGUUUAAUUAAUUAAUUAAUUAUCGGAAGGUACAUCACAUGCUUGUGCACACAGAAGAUCCCAGUAGCAACUUCAGUGACAAGGAUGACUGGAAAGAUCUCUUCCUGAGGCCAUAGAGCUCUCCUGCCAGUCAGAGAAGGCAGCACACCGUUGUAGGUGGACUUAUGGCCCAUAUAAAGCAGCUUCAGUGGGGCCCAUGUAGAAUCAUAGAAUUGUAUAGUUGGAAGGGACCCCAAUGGUCAUCUAGUCCAACCCCCUGCAGUGCAGGAGUCUCAACCAAAGCAUCCAUGGCAGAUGGCCAUCCAACCUCUGCUUAAAACCACCUAGAAAGAGGAUUCUACAACCUCCCAAGGAAGACCGUUCCACUGUCGGACAGCUCCUACUGUCAGAAAGUUCUUCCUCAUGUUUAGCCAAAAUAUCAUUUCUUGUAACUUGAAGCCAUUGGUUCCAGAGGGUACUUUGCAGUUUGCACUAAUUUUCUGUGCUGUGCAUUAUAUCUACAUAGAUUUCUAGGCACAAUUUAUUAAGUUUGUUGCUUAUUAAUUUUUUUAAGGCUACCAUACAAACCAUGGCUUCUGCUAAACAACAACUUAGGCUGCAACCCCAGACACACAUCCUAGGGCGUAACCCUCACUGAAUUCAGUGGGACUUGCUUCCACGUAAACAUGGCUGAGGCUGCACAAAAGGAUAACAAAGUGCUCCAUAAAACAUUGCUCAUCUUAUUUAUUUCAUUUAUAUUCCACCUUUCCUCCAAGGAGCUCGGGUAGCAUACAUGGUUCUCCUGCUCCCCAUUUUAUCCUUGCAGCAACCUUGUGAGUGACUGGCCCAGCGAGCUUCACGAUUUGAAUCCUCGUCUCUCAGGUCCUAGUCUGGCACUACACCAUACUUAACACUCCCUCCCCAACCUUCUCUUUUCUAUUUAAAAACCAGAACUGAGUUGAAAAACCACAGGCUUGAGAAUGUCAGAAAAUAAUAAAAUAUGCCUUUUACCUAGUCCAGCUGGCAAGUCAAAUCCCACAAAGUCAAACAGUCUGGAUUUCUUAUUAAGGUAGGAAUUGCUCAGCCAAAGGAAUUUUGGGUUGCUGGUUUGUGUGUGUGUGUGUGUGUGUGUAAAAACGUGGGUACUUUUAUUUCUUGUCAUUAGUAGUACACCCUGAUCAUACCUCCCCCCUCUGUUUUUCUCCUCUCUUUUUCUAUGAACACAGAAUGUAUUGUGAUGCUUCAAGGGCUCACCAAAGGAUGGAGCCAGCCCCUCUGCAUGCUUGCGUGCUUCUAUUGUGCCAGAGCCAUCUCAGCUAUUCCAAAUUCUGCGCCGCAGCCAGAGGUGAUCACACCAAAGAAAGAAGGCGGGCUGGCGAUAGGGACUGCUUGCCACGUAAGAUCAGCCGAAUGGUAAUCCGACGGGAUGGAAUUAACAACACUCCAGUGCUCACGCGAAAAAUUAAAAUGAACGCCACAAAGCCAGAGACAAGCCACCCACACAAGACAAAAAAAGGUAGCUGCCCAGGAGAAGCCAUUGUAGAGAGAGAGAUUAAAUCCGCAGGGUUGGGAGGGAAGCAGUGGGAGCAGUAAGAGCAUAAGAGAAGGCGUCACAAUGAUGGGUGUCGAGUUCUUCAAAGCCGUUCUUCUCCACUUUUCUGUCAGAACCAAGGAGGGCAGAGCCAUUGAGAGCUAAAUGGACCCGCUAAGGAUUUUAUUGAUUGAUUUAAUGGAAUUUGUACACUGCUUAAUCAUCAAAAACCUCUAAAGCACUUCAGUCUCUCAUUCAGUCUCUGGCACUAGUGCCAUCAGGGCUAGCCAACAUGGCGCCUUCCAAGGGUUGUUGGACUACAACUCCCAUCCGUCCCAGCCAGCAUGGCCUAUGGCUAAGGAUGAUGGGAGCUGAGGUCCACAACAUCUAGAAGGCACCAUGUUGGCCACCGCUGGAUGACAGAGGGUGGAAUUCAAUGUCACGUUCUUCCAAGUGUUCUGUCUGUGUAAGCAUUUCGGGCUGCAAGACAGAAUGAUUCCCCCUCAACUCCCUCCACAUGUUGUUCUGGUUGAAUGCCCCUACCAACCAAUUGUGGAGGGUGCAGGGGGGGUUAAAUCCCAUCACACAUGUGGCAGUUCUUGUGCAGGGCUUCCAUUAGCAGUUCGAAAGCACAUCAGUGCAAGCAGAUAAAUAGGUACCGCUCUGGUGGGAAAGUAAAAGGUGUUUCUGUGUGCUGCUCUGGUUUUGCCAGAAGCGGCUUAGUCAUGCUGGCCACAUGACCCGGAAAAACUCUGUGGACAAACGCCUGCUCCCUCGGCCAGUAAAGCGAGAUGAGCGCCGCAACCCCAGGGUCUUUCGCGAUUGAACUUAACUGUCAGGGGUCCUUUACCUUUACCUUUUAGAACAGCAGUUUUAGGUUUUUCACAGCAUGGUGAUGAACUCUGAUACUUGCUAAUGUCUGCAGAUCUAGCUUCCGUUAAAGACACAGGAACCGGGAGCCGUGAAAACCUCAGCAACCCUUUAAUGCAAAUUGGACAUACAUCCAGCUUUAUACUGCAGAAUUGCUUGUGUACUGGCAUUGUACAACAGGCACAUGAAUGAUGGUCGCUUUUUCCUUCCUGUGUUUUCCACGCAGCACUUAGAUGACAGCACAGAUGGUGACUGCUUCCUGACAAGAAACAUGUCCAUUAAAAUGACUCAUGAAGAUAAGAGAUCGUUCUAAUCAUAGGGCACAGACAGGACUAAUUUAUUAUAGAAAGGGAUUUGCUUUGCUAAAGGCUGCUUGAAAGGACCGCAUCUUCCAAAAAGCUGGCGGUGAGAGCUAUACCAUAAUAUAGACAUUCUGGUGGUUAAUUUACCGAAGUAUGGAAUGCUGGUAAAAACAACAACUGAUCAGCAACAGAGUUAGGGUCAAACUGGACGUGACACUAAGGAGAGCAGCUGGGUUAUAAAAAGCAAAAGAAGUUAAUACUAUGCAUGGAGGGGAGGCAAUUUUUAUUGGAUUCACAGUGCAAGGGGGGGGGGGGGAGAUUCAACCCUCUUCUCAACCAGUAGGAAGGAGUGCCACUACGCACCUCCAAGCAUCCUGCUUUUCCAGGGACAGCCCCGGAACUGUGGAAGCCAACCUGGCUUCUGAUUUGAUCCUGGAAUGUCCCUAUUUCCCCUGCUAGCGCUGUCACCACCGAUCUCGGGGAGGAGGAUAAGCCGGGUGGCUAUUUGUCCUAGGCCAUAGCAGCUGUGGCUGUUGUUGUGAGGGAGCACGCCAUGACUUCUCCAUGGCUGCUGCUGCUGGCUUCCUCCCUUGGGUAGCUCAUAGCGGCUGCUAGAGAGCAGGCAAGGAGGAGAAGAGGCUGCCACUGCUGAGGCCCCGCCCUGCCUGACUCCAGCACUCCUGACAGUGUGUUUGCUCCUCGCCGAACUCCCUGCUGCCUCUCCUUGCAGGGAGGUGGUAGUGAUGCCACUGCUGGGAGGCCCAGUGUGUGGCCACAUCCAUCCCUGCAGGCCAGGCCUGGAAUCCAGCUUUUCUCAUGAGGAUAGGCUUCCCCCUUUUCGUUUUGUUCCAGCAGGGUCCCUGUCCCUAACCUGCCUCACAUUGUUGUUGUGAGGAUGAAGUGGAGAAGGACUGCAUGCACGAUCCUAAGCUCCAUGAAGGAAAGAUGGGCAGAUAAUGCAGUAAGAAAUAGGAAACAGCCAAACACCUGUGUUGUUGUGCAUCUUCUCUCCCCCCCACCACCCUUUUGACAAACGGCAUAAUGAAAUGUCAAAGCACCUACUUAGCUGCAUUUUAUCUCCCUUUCUUGUACGUCAAUCAUGUGUGACAGGUCAGCCAAAAGCAGGGAGAUGCCUCCCAUGCUCCUUUCCGAGUCUGAUCUCAUUGCCAUGGAUACUGCUGCCGACUGCAAUCGCUCCGGCAUUAUGUCCGGAUUUCCUCACAGGUGCAGAUUUGAUGCACAUAAAAGAAUAGAAUUUAAUUUCCAAGCAGAUGCUGUUUAUGGAAAGUGACUGUGAAGAGCCUGCCUUUGCUUGGGGUGAUGCUUUAGCUGUGCUGCCUCCGAUUUUCUUGCAAUUACUUCAUAACGUCUAAUUUUUAUUUAAAAGUCUGCUAUCAGAUUGCUCUUUCAGGCUACAACGUGCAGAACUCUUGGAUAAAUGCCCGGUUUUUUUCUUAUCUGCUUGGCUUGCUUUCAGGUUCAAAACAUGACUCCUUGGUAAGUCACAAACAGGCAUUUGGAAGGCACAUCUCUCCCUUAGUUUCUGCUAUCUUCCUUCUGUGAAGAGAUGGCCUUUAAUGACCUGGAAAAGGGCAAGGCAGAUAAGGAGCUCAGGGAUGCCUGCGACCUCCCAACAUUUGCAUAAAUGUUAGCUAUUCGAAAUAGUCAGGGGAAGGAGAAUCAAUAUAAUUUGAGUAUCUCUUCAUCUGGGUUGGCCCAAAUAACUGAAAAUCUACUGGGGAAACCAGCCAAAAUUUGACUUUUUGAGGUGGGGUGGAAGGUGGGUCAUGAAUACCACUGAGAAUAAGUCAUGUGAAGCUCCUGGGUGCAUACAAAUUUGUUUCAAAUAUACAUAAACCAGGAACGGACAAGUUUAACAACACAUUUCUUCUAUUCUUCCUCCCUUUCCCUCUACAGAUACUCAUCUUGAGUAUUUUGAUAAUCACUGGAUUUCUAUGGGUAGGCACCAACCACUAUCAUCUUAACAGCAUCACCUCAAGUCUUAUCCUUUCACAU